AUGUCCUUUCUCCAUCCAUUCUUUCCUCUCUCUCUCUCUCUCUCUCCAAGCUCUAGAUCAAGUACGACAGCUAGCAGCCAUGACCUGGGCAGCAACGUGGUGGAAUGCUGGUCGUCGUGGACCAAAACUGUGAUAUCCUGUAGCCUACCGAUUGGGCUGAGUGGAUCAGACGUUGUAGAGUCGACAAAGGACGGCACAAAUAGAACGCUCAGGGCCGUGAUGGUGGUCACCACCAUCGCCCUACGUGGCGGUACAGCGUUGGAGGCCCCAUGCGGCAGGCAGGAGUUCGGCGAGUGCCGGCGGCAGCCAUGUGAGACAAGGAGGAUUUCGGCGAUCGACGUCAAGACGGCAGUACAAGAAAUAUCUCCUUACUUAGAGGACACAAGCAACGAUGCACCUCAGGUCAUGUACUUUGAAGGAUGGGAUGGACUGGGUGCUUCUGCGGUGCUUAGAGCUAUUGCAGAGCAGCCUCCACCAUCUUUACGAGAGAAAUUCGACAGGAUCGUCCACAUUGACUGUUCGAUGUGGAAGAGCCGAAGAGCAUUGCAAAGGGUGAUCGCAGACGAGCUCAAGCUCACUCAACAGGUAGUGGCCAUUGACGCGCAAGACGAGGAGGACGAUUUCAGUGGGGUAGACCAUGGCUCCAGAGCUGAGGUUAGAGGCGUCAUGGCCGCAAUAACUCGUUACCUAGUACAGUACAGAUGUUUAGUUGUCUUUCACAAUGGAAGUGAUGGCAUGGUUGACUUGACUAGCUGUGGCAUUCCGCAACCUGAAAUCUUCAAUACUAAGGUAUUGUGGACCUUCAGAGGACGGCUUCGCCUCAAUGCAGGAAUUCAUGAAAACGUAGAUGCUUCACACCUUUAUCUUUUUGCAUACCAUGGCCGUAACAGCAAUUGGAAUGCACACCUUGCAAAAGAGGCUAGAGAAGUCUCUUUGUACACACAUAAGCUUGGCCUUGGUGUUACACCAAAAAUAGCCAUAGAGUGUUGCUUGUACCUAUUGUCAUUGAAUAACCAAGGUAAGAAGAUGAUUGACUACAACUGGGCAACCCAUGCUUCCUGCUACUGGGUUUGCGAUGGGAUCAUAGGAGGAGGACAGGACAACCAGAAAUGGGAGGUUGCUCAUGCUCUGCAGCAGCAUAUAAGACUAGAAGACUACUCAUCCAAUGUAGAGCUUCUGGGGUCUGUGAACAUGUUGGAUCUUUCCUCGAAACAAUGGAUUUCUAUUACUGAUUCAUAUUUCAAAGAGGUUCCUCCAGAGGCAACAACCCUAUUCUAUGGAUCCAAAAAGUCAAGUCCACAAGCAGUAUCACUACCUAGUGACAAGUUCCACAAAGCAGAUCAACUCCGGGUGCUGAAGUUAUGUGGAUGUACCUUCAGCUUUUCAUCACCUCCAUUCCAUUGCUGCCACAACUUAAGAUUCCUUGGACUGGAUAGAUGCAUGGAUGGACUACAACAUGGGGAGGAGGAGGAGGAGGAGAAAACAGGUGAACCAGCGGUGGAAAUUUUUCAGCGGCUAUGGGUGCUAGAUGUAUGCCACACGGAUUGGCCAUUGGCUUUUCCCCCAGAAACAGAAGAGCAAGUGGUGGCUACAGACAUUAGAGAGGUUCAUAUAACCAACGGAAGGAUUUGGACCAGCAACCUUGCAUGGAGACGCCUGCCGAACCUUCACAAGCUCCAAGUGGUUGAGCCCACAAACCCUUGGGAGACAGAAAGAAGAGAUGAAUUCAUGGCUAUGGUGAAUCUGGAGCUCCUUGACCUAUCUGGGAACAGCACCAUACAAGUCUUGCCGAGCCUUUCGGGUGCAACAAGCCUCAAGACACUGAUUCUAGAUGGUUGUGUUGGGUUGGAGCAUGUUGGCCCUCAACAACUCCCUCCAUCACUUGAAUCAUUCUCAUUGAAUACCGCAGGAGAAGAUGAGGAUCUCAAGAAGAAGAAUGUUGAAAUAUCUUACAUCAGCUUGGCUGGGUGUGUAAGAUUAGCAAACUUUAUACUGCGUGGGUCACUGCCAAACCUUGAGGAGCUGGACCUCUCGCACACAGCAAUCAAAAUCCUUGACCUUGGAGAGGUGGUUCAAGUAAAAAAUCUUCAGCGGCUCUUCUUGAUGGGAUGCGGACAGCUCCGCUCAAUUUCUUGGCCCAAAACCAAAAUGUACAAACUAAGGCUGCUGUGCAUUGACACUCGAGCAAGAGGAGGAGAGGUGGACAACAGAAAACCAGCAUGGUCACGUGAUUGUUCUUUGAUGGUCUACCGGCAAGACGAAGUAAAGGAGUAUUGCCAUGCAUCUGUUGCCGUUGCAGACAUGAGGUUCCUUCAGUCCUUGGAGUUUCUUUGGACAUGGGCACGCAUUAUUCGAUGUGAUAAGUGGAAUCUCUGCUUGUCAUCUACCAGCGAUGAUGAUGGAAGAGGCUGCCACAAGGAAAAGAUGGGCAGUCAUUAUAGCACUGGACAGCUAGCUGCUGCUUUGUCUAUGCCCAAGUCAUUAACCUACCAUGACAUCAGCAUUGAACAGAUAUCUGCAAAGAUCGAUAUCAGCAGUAGCAGCAGCUCAGCGCAAUUUCUGCCACUAGACUUGCACAUGGACAUUGGCGAGGGAAUUAGUGACGUCACCGACAAGUCCAGCACGCGGGCAAGGGAUGCAAUACGUAGUGUGAUGGACAGUGUGCAGUCGUUGCACGUGCACGACAGUUCUUCCAUCACCAGUGUUGCCCCUGAACACACUUUUGGGACAAAUAUAAUGAAUGGGCUCAAGUGGUGCUGCGUGGAGAGAUGCCCCAAGUUGGAUACUGUCUUCGCCACUAACUAUUAUUACAUAUGUUUCUCUCAGUUGGAAAUCUUUUGGGCGGCUCAUCUCUUGAUGGCCCGUUCUGUUUGGAGCAGACCAAGAGAUCUAAGUUUGGAUUCAGGUGAUUUAUCAUUUACACGACUGCGGACUAUUCGUCUGCACUUCUGCCCGAGGCUCAUAUAUGUCCUCCCAAUGGCUUCGAACAAUACCUUAUCCAAGGUGCUGGAGACUCUCCACAUACACUGCUGCGGUGAUCUCAAGCAGGUCUUCCUCGUGGAGCAAGAGUUCCUAGAGAAAAUAGCGGCCAGACAUGAAAAAGGCAUGCUGGGAUUCCCAAACCUCAAGAGCCUAUACCUGUAUGAUCUCAUCAGUUUGCAACAGAUCUGUGAGGCCAAGAUGUUUGCUCCCAAGCUCGAGACCAUCUAUAUCAGAGGCUGCUGGGGUCUGAGGCGUCUCCCGGCCACUGACAGUCGCCGCCGUGAAGAUGGCCGCCCUGUGGCCGUGGACUGA